AUGACGGUUACCAACACUGUCUUUGUCAAUCCUCCCACCUCGACCAAUUCCGUGGCUCCGAAGGUCAACUCCACCUCCAUCUGCCACUCGGCUGCGGCGCUUUCGACUUCUCUCGCCGGGCUGAUCACUCAGAUCCCGGAUGGUCAGAUCCAAGGUCCCGUCCCGAGCACGAUGUCUCUGCCGCCCGGAGCACCUCCGGGCGUUCCUCAGGGAGUACCUCAAGGAGUGCCGGAAGGAACCUCUCGAGGACUUCCCAGUGGAUGGCCCUACCCAGGUGUCCUCAGCGUCCCGCCCCACAGCCUUCAUGGUAACGCGACCAUCACCAAGGCCCACGGCAUCCCGAAGCCCAGUCACUACAGCAUGCCACCGCAUAGCUACCGCGGCAACGUUACUGUCCCCCAGACCCGUCGUCCGAAAAUGACUCUGCGCGGAAAUGGAACGGCGAGCUUCACUACGGUCACGAUGACGAAGCACUGGCGUUUCCAGUGA